GACCGACCUGGCUUUUACAGAUCUGCCCUAUAUCCUCUUUCUCCAUCAUCCUCGCCCUAUCUGGUGCUAGAAAGGCCCAAUCGUGGUGCAGUUGCAUAUAGUACAUGGCUCACAAGUCACUUCUCGCCUCGACACCUUUCUCCUCCCUCCCAUCCAUCCAUCAUCCUUCCAUUGAAACCACACAUUGCCCUCCCUCUCUCUCUUUCCCCCUCACCCCUCCUCAACAACUUCUUCUUUCUUUCAAAAAUACAUCGCCAACAACAAACAUCAUCACCCUCUUCCUUCCUCUCCGCUGCUGUAAUUGAUUCGCCGUUACACCAUUAAUCGUUGUACUCCGUAUGCUCAACCCUGCCUGUUAUCUUCUUAUCUGAAUGUCCCGUCCGCCUUGCCCUCGUCUUCGCGUUUGAUGCCGGCCUUCUCGUCAUUUACGCAGACUUGGGAGUGAAUAGAGUCAUUUUGGAUACACAACCACAGCAGACGUCGAUGACGGACUGAGUCCUCGCCCAGUUCACCACCCCUUCACUCAAUCAGUCAAUAAUCUCGGCGCCCCUUGCCUACAAUCUGGAGCCGCCGCGUUGACAUCUACAACGAUUUAAUACAAACCGCUUCAUCAUUAUGGCCACCAUUGCUCUGCCUCGUCCACUGCCGCGUUAUCGCUCCUCCUCUCCCAUACCCACGCUCACCCACUCCAUAAACCUCGAUGGCAUCAAUACCUCCGCCGCGUGCCCAAUUCCUAUACCCAACAAACACCUGCCCGUUUGCCCACCCGGCCCGGCCCCGUCUGAUAAGCCAGAUACGCCUCCUGCGUCGCCGCCGACGAAGCACCUGAGGCUCCAGCCGCAGUCGUUGCUCUAUCCACCUACCAAUUAUAAGAAGGUCACGCACAACUCUGCGGUCGUAUAUCUCAUUGAUGCGGCGGGAGUAGCAGCCGCAGUGAACCACAUCUCGCAGCAACCUUUGCCGGAGGCGGGUCAGGUGUUCCCUUGGCUUCAUGGCUUGCAUCCCGCGAACCAUGUGCAACAAGCGUUCUUCAUGGCGCAACGCAAGGCCCUACGGAAGAUCCCGGAGUGUUAUCGUGGGGUAACGAUCGUGAAAGCUAACGGGAACCUGAGCUGUUCCCGGCUGAAGGCUGCUGUCACUACCGAGGAGUUCAUGCAGACCGCCACGGCGGAGUUCAAGGACAUCGACCCUAGGGAGGGCUUGUCUGUGCGGAACUUCCAGAUUCAGUCUGCCAAGACAGCUAUGUUAUCCGAUAUCAUUGUAUACGGAGAAGACGAGGACGAAGUGUUGAGAGUGGGUAGCGAUAUUGCCAGGGCCCAGCGAUCGCGGCGGCAAGGGCUCAAGGCGCUCGGUCACGGGGUCCCAGUGUACCAUACGUUUGUGUGUACGAGUCAUUUUGAGGAGUUUGAGGAGCAUCAUCCAGAGAUCGUGGUUGCGGAUACCCGCGGCGGGCUGACGGGGAACGUCCUGGACUUCUUUCAUCAGGAGCAUGUAGAGAUGGCCACCAUGACGAAGGCGUCGGAGAUUGCGAGAAAUGUUUGGUUGGGGCCGAGAGAUGAUCUGUCUAUGAAGGGCCCGUCACCAGAUGACGAGCCGUUUGAUCUCUUCAUAGAGUGCAGCGACCUCGGUCGAGCUAAUGUGCCGGCCCUGAAGAAUAUUGUUCGAGGAUUUGACAGUGGGGCUGAAACAAGCCAAUAUAUCGAGUUCCCGUCUUCUGGGAGCAUCAUGCCGCCGUCCUGGCCCCUCACCGAGGCCGAUGAGAUAGUAGAGAGCUGCAAGUGGAUUUACAACUUGGCGAACGGCAUUAGACCCUCAGAAGACGAGGGUGAGAUCAUGUAUAUUGAAGGAGACAGCCCAAUGCCCAGUCCUAUAGAAACUAGAACAAGCAGGCCGCGCAAGAUCCUCGUAUACUGCACUGAUGGAUACACAGAGUCCUCCAUGCUCGCUCUCGCCUACUACAUGUACGCACACGGCGUAACAGUUUCAGAAGCCUGGCUGCAAAUGCACCUAGACAAGCGCCGCAACUUCUUCGCCUACCCCUCCGACGUGGCGCUACUGAACUCCAUCGCCCCAAGCAUUCUCUCCAACUCCCCUGCGCUCGCACACUCCGCCCCGCAGGACAUCACCCAACGCAUCCACGAUGAGCCGGCCUGGCUCGCCCUCAUGGACGGUUCCCUCCCGAGUCGCAUCCUUGAUUACAUGUACCUCGGUAACCUAGGUCACGCGAACAACCCCGACCUCCUCCGCGCUAUGGGUAUCGGGCAACUCCUCAGCGUCGGUGAGACUGCCGCCUGGACUGCCGCUGACAUCGCUGCCUGGGGCGAUGAAAACGUCUGUGUCGUCCAGAGCGUACAGGAUAAUGGCGUUGACCCGCUCACCAACGAAUUCGACCGUUGUCUCGCAUUCAUCAACCGCGGCCGCUUCAAUGGCACAUCAACCCUAGUCCACUGCCGCGUCGGCGUCUCUCGCAGCGCCACAAUCUGCAUCGCCGAGGUGAUGCGCGCGCAAUCCCUCUCCUACCCACGCGCAUACUGCUUUGUGCGUGCGCGCCGCCUCAAUGUCAUUAUCCAGCCGCACCUGCGCUUCAGCUAUGAGCUUCUAAAGUGGGAGGAGACGAUGCAGGUGAGGCGUGGGGAGGGUGUGAGGAGGGAGCUGGAGUGGGGCGAGAUUGCGAGGGGGAUCGCGGCGAUAAAUAAGCCGUAUUCGCGGUGAUUUUGGGGUUUUGGUUUUGGGUGCUUGAAUUUCUUUUCUUUUCUUGGUUUGCGGUUUGGGCGGUGCGGGUUUUAAGGCCUCCUUCUGGGUUUUACUAGAGGAGGGAAAGGGGGAUAUGGGAUUUAUUAUUUAACGACAUUUAUGAGGUGAUGAGAUUUUGGAGGGGAUUUCUUGGGGCCUAUCUUAUUUUUGGCCGUGUUUUCUAUCUUUUUCUAUUUACGAUUUCUGGAAACUGGGGGUUCAAUCGGAUAGGAACCUUUUUUGGUUUCGUUCCUUGGUGCUGUGGCUCGGGGAAAGUCGACAUCACUUUUGAGAGCAAGCAAGCAUGCAUUUUAUUCCAUCUUUCGGCGGCUGGAAUGGGCCUUAUUUCUGGGCUCCACAUUUUUGGGUAUUAACAAAUGUAGCGGAGAGCUUCUCGAUUAUUUAUCUUGUUUUAGGAACUACAGUUAUAUUUUCGAUUGAUGGGGAUGGAAACAAUGGCGUUGGUUGUGGAACAUCUUUUUAUCACAGUAUUUCAUUUGGGCGGGAUCUAUUGGACAUAACAUAACUUUAGACAAUCUAUGAAAGGGUUUCAAGUUAACUGUCGCCCUCCUCCGCCAUAACGAUCUCUGACGGUCUUGUGACCAAUUUCCCAAUCCUAAUCUCCGUCCGAACCCCAUCGUGAUCGUUCCUUCCCGCGUCGUCGCCAAAAGUUAAGAAAUUACCUAAGCAACUCAUCUCGGCUACAUAAUCCGAGACAAGCGAAACCAACAUUAAUCGAACCAGGACCGCUGGCGCAACGGUAGCGCGUUCGCCUCCAGAGCGAAAGGUUAUCCGUUCAAAUCGGGUGUGGUUCAAAACCUCAUCAUAAUAACCUAUGAUAUUGAACAAUCACCUGGGAUUGUUAUAGUUUUUUUUUGGUUUGUUUUUUAAUAAUAGCUAUGUCGGUUUGUGUUUGCUUGGGUUGGGGUUUGUUCGUUUGACACAUUUUUUUGAACUGUCUCGCUUUCCCCUCAGUCGUAUUGGCUGGCUACACCUGUAUUGGGGGCCGUUGGACAUUUGUAAUAGCGGUAAGGGGGAGAGGUGAGUGGGGGUCGGUCCGUUCCCUUUACACCACAGCAGCGGUGAGGUUCAGUCUAGUGAAUAUGAGAUACAAUGUCUCACCCUCCCAUCGCCGUGGGUAUACACCCCAUCGCCAUCGGGGAAAAGGGAAGGUACCUGCAGAAACCACCGCCCAUCGCUGGGACAUCGGGAGUGACAGGUCGGAAAGCGUAGCUGGGUGCUCGGACGGAACUUCCCAACAGAGGAUGCGUUUCUUGUUGGAUUUGUUGGGACACCUGGGAUAUCUGGGACGCUUAGAACGCAAGGCGCCUCUGACGGCGAGGCUGGGGCGGCGGGGGAGUGUUAUAGUGUUGCCGGGGAGUCCGAGAGCUUGGUUUGGGGGAGGCAAGGGGGCGGGGAGGGAGGUAAGGAGGGGGGAGAUGCGGAGAUCUUUGAUGGGAGGAUUGUGUUGUCCUGGAUGUAGUUGAGGAUUGAUGCUGGCGAUUUAAGCUGAUGAUGUUCGUAAUCACUGGUGUUGUCCACAGCUCCCUCCCAGGCUUUCGGGGUGGCACGAGUAGCUCAUUCCAGACGGACGAUAGAUCUCCUGCAUAGCUACUAACUACUGUAACAAGGUAUGAGAACAUCCCAGCCCGCGGGAAUAACCCGCGAAUAUCACCAACCCCCUCUCCCGAGAUAGCGGUAAAGAUGCAAACGCCAGUAUACAAGCCAUAUCCCAUCAAUAUCGCUCCAGCAAAAUCCCACCCCCAACGCCUCGAAUCCCCCACGCAGCAAACCCCAGCAGAACUCAAAGGUCCCCACCAAUCGUCUCCAGCAGCGACUCCAGCUGCGCCUUCUCCACCCCCCCUUUGCCCUUCUUAUCCUCCUUCACCAGCACAGCGAGCGUCUCAAUGGGCGGCGCCAGACCGAGCCUGUGCGCGCGCAACCAGCGCUUGCGGCGUGGGAUCCCUACGCAGGGCUAUAGCGGAUCUGUUAGUCUAUAGCACGCCAACAACUAGCACACAGGACAACUUACCCCGUAUUGCGAGGACAUGUCGAAGUACCGCAGGAUCUUCUCUUCGGUGCUCAAACCCUCCUGGUGAACUGCGGUCACUCAUCAUCAGCUUUGUUCAUCUCAGGCGGGAACGGGCCGCAUCACUCACCUCUUGGAGCCAACCGCUCCGCCUCCUUCGCCUUCCAGUACCUAAGUACCUGGCUAUGCGGCACCUUCUCCGCCUUCUCCUCCUCAGGCGUCAACGCACUCUCCGGCUUAGGGAGCUGGACCUGCGGUGGCGUCUGCACCUCUGCCUCCACCACAGCGUCGUCGGCGCGGUCUAGAUCUAUGACAUCAACCUUCGCUGGCUUCGCUGGCUCGGCUUUCUUGAGGUCCUUGCCCGCGGGCCCGGUGUGCUUGGU